GUCACCGAGCGCGCCAGGGCGGCGCUGUCCCUGCCCGAUAAACCCCGCGGCGUCGAGUACCUCACGCACGGCCUUAUCCCGCCGCAGGGGGACUCCAAUCCUUACAAGGGUCGUUCUUGGACAUUCGUCGUGGACGUGGUGGCCACCACGAACGCUGCGCAGGAGUCCGCUUUGACCCACGCGAUGAAACUGGCGCAGGCCAUUUUGGAGCAGGCGUACUUUCACGUGGACAUCUCGGCGCCGGCAUCCCCGACGGCGACGGCGUGGACUGCCGCCGCUUCCGCCCUCGUCAACCGGUUGAAGAUUUCGCGGUCGGGCCCCCGCGCCGACGGGGGGGAGUGGGCCAUGCAGGACUUAAUCCGCUUCAGGCUGCGCAUCGAUCCAGCCAUGCCAGUGGACGUCCGCAAGAACAUUGACACCUUGGCCGCAGCCCAAUCGGCGUACAUGACGGUCGCGAACUUCGACUGGCAGACGCCGUCUUCGUCAUCACCGACGCCGCCCUCGUCGUCAGCAACGCCCGCUGCAAGGAAGCGCCCUGCGGCGGCCGUGCCGGGCAGCGCUGUGUGCAAGCGCCCGGCGCGCUCCACGUGA